UUGUAAAAUGCAAAUCUACUUGAUUCAUUAAAUAAAGCGAAACCCAAAGUGAAGCUUUUUCCAUGGAACCUUGAACUAAAAAGUACUAAGAAUACCAAACCCAGACCUAGACUUGAAAGAAAGAAUAACAUCAUCAUCAUUUAAGUAGAUUAGGAGAUGAAUCUGAAGCUAUUAUUCAAUCCAACAAGACCCAUGUCUCAGAUUUUAAGAUGAUCGAGGCUAACAUGGAUUCCCAUGGAACAAAAGAUGCCGGUGGCUUUUGUUUCUGACCAUCCGAUUCGCACAUACCUAAAGAGUGUUUUCACAUGGCUGGACGAACUCCCCGCUUCACAGCAAGACGGCCUCCCUCCAAGUCUCUCUUGAUUCUAGUCCUUUUUCUACUUAUCCCUGUGUGUGUCAUCACAAUCUUUAAUCAUGGACAGAAGAUUUCAUACUUUUUUCGGCCACUUUGGGAUGUUGCUCCAGCCCCAUUCAACCAUAUCCCUCAUUACUAUGCUGAGAACGUGUCAAUGUACCAGCUCUGCGCCCUCCAUGGCUGGUCUCUUCGUUCUGAACCUCGUCGAGUUUUUGAUGCAGUAAUCUUCAGUCAUGAGCUUGAUUUAUUGGAACUGAGAUGGCACGAACUCGACCCUUACAUCACUAAAUUCGUCAUUCUCGAGGCAAACACCACCUUCACUGGAAUUCCGAAACCUCUAUUCUUUACCCAAAACCUUGAGAGGUUCAAGUUUGCUGAGGAAAAGAUCGUUCAUAAUGUCUUCUCCGGUCGAAGAGCCGUUCGUGGGGUUUAUGAAGAUCCAUUUGUUCUGGAAUCUGAGCAACGUGUAGCCAUGAACAGAUUAAUACAGCGUUCAGGGAUCUCCAUCGGCGACAUUCUUAUAAUGUCAGAUACAGAUGAGAUUCCGAGCCCUAACACAAUAAAACUGUUACAGUGGUGUGAUGGUAUACCGGCGGUGAUGCACCUGCAACUUAAAAACUUCAUGUACUCCUUUGAGUUCCCAGUGGAUUUCAGCAGUUGGCGUGCCACAGCUCAUGUGUAUGGGCCAAGAACGCGUUACCGUCAUUCUCGCCAGUCGGAUGACCUUCUCUCUGACGCAGGCUGGCAUUGCAGUUUUUGCUUUCGCAGGCUUCAAGAUUUUGUGUUCAAGAUGACUGGGUAUAGUCAUGCAGAUCGCGUCCGGAAACAAGACUUUCUCAACUAUUCGAGAAUUCAGAAGAUUAUUUGCCAGGGGAACGAUCUGUUUGAUAUGUUACCAGAAGAGUAUAGCUUCAAGGAGUUGAUUAAGAAGAUGGGUUCAAUACCAAAGUCAGGUUCUGCAGUUCACCUCCCUGCUUACUUGUUGAAGAAUGCUGACAAGUUCAAGUUCUUUCUCCCAGGAGGUUGUUUGCGGCCCGAGUAAAUGCUGACAAGUUCAAGUUCUUUCUGAACAAACUACAAAGAAGCUCUUUUUCUGUGACAAGCCAUGACAAUAACAAUCCCAGCUGUGGCUGUGAUCCACAAUAAGUGGUGGUGAGGGAAGAAGCAGCAUCAUUUAUUGUCUUUUUGAUAUUCUUUCAUUCAAUUUUCGAACAAAAAACAACAAACCAUACCGACCAUGAAGCUUAAAGGAAGGAACCGACCAACACAAAAAAAAGAAAGGAAGGAAGGAAAAACAUUCACUCACAAUCUCAACAACAUAAACCAUCACUCACCCAGCAGAGACUUGUUUUGACUCUAAAUAUUAUGCACUCAUCCUACUCCAACUACUACGACUCCUAGAUUGGACUUGUAGUUGCUCAGUUUUUAUCAGGACUACUACUACUACUACUACUACUACAGCAUAAGACACUUCAUUAAACUUGAGAUUUGGAGACUGCAACUAUCAGUUCAUAAUCUUUAAGG